AUGAAGUCUUUUGGUAUCCUCCUUGCCCUCGUUAGCGCGGCGAUUGUUCUCGCUGCUCCGACGCCUACCGACACGAACAUUCUGCAGUUCGCACUGUCGCUCGAGCUGCUGGAGAACAACUUCUAUUCCACCGGGUUGGGCCAAUUCGACGACCAGGCAUUUGCGGAAGCCGGGUUCCCAGCGUGGGUGCGCGGCCGCUUCGAGCAGAUCGGGGAGCAUGAGGCGGAGCAUGUGAGCUUCUUGCAGGCCGCGCUCGGAUCUGCCGCUCCUCAGCCCUGCACUUACAACUUCCCCUACACGGAUCCGAAGUCCUUCGCUGCGCUUGCGAUGGCGCUCGAAGGUGUCGGCGCGUCUGCAUACCUUGGCGCGGCUCAGUAUAUCUCCGACAAGAACACGCUGACUGCGGCUGGGUCCAUAUUGGCUGUAGAGUCGCGACACGCUGGAUGGAUAUCCUCCGCGGUGCUGAAACUCCAGCCAUGGGAUGGCUCUUUCGAGACGCCGCUGGGAUUGAGCGGUGCCUUCUCGCUUGCCUCGGAAUUCAUCGUCAGCUGCCCAUCGACGAACCCCCCGCUUCCCAUCUCGACCUUCCCAGCCCUCACUGUCUCCACGAUGACACCAAGCGCCGGGUACAUUAUCGGUCUUACGUUCAGCAAUCCCACCGGCGCAUCGCCCACGUACCUCGCGUGGAUGACAGGCCUCGACGUCGUCUUCACGAACAUCGAUGGGAGUGGCGUGACGACCGUCCCCUCUGGACUCUUCGGCACCGUCUACGUCGGUGUGGUCUCCAGCAACCAGCUGCCGCUCAGUGACGCUUCAAUGGUGACGGGACUAGCGAUCGUCGAGUUCCCAUUUAACUCUACCAUGGGGCGCAUCACGGCUCCGUAG